AUGUUAACCCCUUGAGGUCUUCCACGCCAGUCUCUGUUAUACCCUAAACAAUGCUUCGCUCUCUCCUCCUCUUCCUUUCUCUCCUCCUGUCCCUCCUCCUCACUGCUGCCGCCCACUGUGGGGACAACGACGAGGACUCCUACUUCUCCUCCGAUGGAGACCAACAUGCAGACAUGCGCUCGAAGUCCCUAAUCCUAGCCAGGAUCUUGUGCCUCAUCCUGGUCUCUGUCGGCACGUUCCUUGGCGGCGUCUCCCUGUACUUGCUGAAGUGGAACAAGGCGUUCCUGUUGCGGGGGAAGCCCUUGGCCGUAGGGCUGUUCCAGGCGACGGCGCUGAUGCGCUUGCCCAUGGACGCCAUGGAGAUGUUCGGCCACCUGACUGAGAAGGGGUUCUCCUCCUCGUUCAUGCUCCCGAUCGCCGGCUGCUUGCUCACCAUGCUUGCCGACUCCGCUAUCUCCCACGUUCAUGGCAAGAUGGAGAAGGAACAGAGCAGUGGCUCCAAUGGCGAUUUGGAGGUCUCUGAAUGUGCAUCAGAAAGAGAGUCCCAGUCACUGCAUGCACCUUGA